UAUGAAAUAAUUUUUAUGUUUGAAAGAGAAAAGGAUUUUUAGUUUAAAAAAUCAUUAAGAAAUAUGGUUUCAAAUUAAUUUGAAUCCCUGUAACCUAAAGUUACCAAUCAAAGCAUCCAAUGAAAUUUUAAGUUCACCCCAAAACGACCAAUCAUAAAUUUACCAUUUUUUUAGCGACCAAAAUUGAUUGACGGCUCACAAUUGAUUCUAAUCCAACAACUCCUCCAUCUUGAAUACCGAUGGCUCUUACAUAAAAUAUAAAAAAUCAAGUUAAUGUUUCAAUACUAAUUGCUUUCAAGCCCUUAAUGAAAUUUUUUUUUAAUCAUCGAUUUUAAAAAACAUUUUCUUCAAUCGGCGCCAAUGUGCGGCCGUGAAGAAAAAAAGAUAAAUAUCCUCGAAUUAAAGGUUAAUUAAAAGAUAACUUGUAUUCGUGAACUUUUACGAAAUCAAAGAAUACAGAAGUACAUAAAAGCUCAUAAGUCCCCUUUUUUUAUUUACUCAGUUUGAUUUUUGUUAUAACCGGGACCAACAUUGAGCGAUAACACAGAAAAGUUGGCAUAGAAUCUCAAUAUUAAAAAAAAAUGAAUAAGUACUCUUAAUUGCACACUAAUUCCUUAAUAAAAAUCCAUAAAUUCUCGCUUUAUUAAUUAAUUAUUUAAUUAGUUAUUAAUAAUUGAAAAUAUUUUUUGAUAGUAUUGUACCGUCAUCACGUUAAUUACAUACUAUCGCCCACUGGUGGUCCCGGUUAUAACUAAACUGAAACUAGAUAUAUAAAAAAGGGAACUUUUGAGCUUCUAUGUACUUCUGUAUUCUUUGGUAAAAGAAAUAAUCGAAAAUAAUUUAAUACUAGCCAAUGUGAACAUUUACAAACAAUUUAUGAAUUAAAAAAUAAUGACAUACCAACGAUCAAUAAUACAGAUUUCUAAUAUCGAUAUAAUAUUCAAUCAGAAUUGCCAAUCUCUAUUGUCGUCCACUGUUGCCAACCUUUUUAUGCAAGUAUCGAUAUAUUCAAUAAUAUCGAUCAUAUCUAUAACUCGAUCCGCUUGUACUAACACACAGAUGAGAAAUUAAAAGUGUAAUUCAAUUUACUAAACUAAACAUGUGUUCACACCACACAUAGGAGAGGUGUACUAACACAAGUUUAUACACCGAUGAUAUGAAUACACGUUUACGUGCUCCUCUGUUUGCUUUUAGUUCAUAUUUUGUCCGCUCACGUCGCUAAAGUUUAUUAUACAGUUUGGAGUGAAAUAUAAUGUAAACACAACGUUAAAGAAAUAUUAAAUUAUAAUAAAUAAUAAAGUAUAUAUAUAUACGCGUAUUAACAAAAAAAAAUAUAUAUAUAAUUUAUACUAAUUUUGAACUAUAUAAUGGAAACUAUAUUGGAACAACAACGACGUUAUCAUGAGGAAAGAGAACGGUUAAUGGACGCUAUGGUAAAAGAAAUGCUUUUCAAAAAACCAGGCCAUCGUGAAAAUAUUAAUUCUGAGCAUAGGUUAAAAAUGUUAUUGGAUCAGUAUAUGGAUAGUACCACUAAUUUACAAGAUUUGUACGAAGAUAAAGAUGGUCAAAGAAAAGAGGAGGUACAAGCACUUUCGGGUCCAAACGAAUUUUCUGAAUUUUAUUCUCGAUUAAAAUCUAUCAAAGAAUUCUAUCGUAGACAUCCGAAUGAAAUUAGCGUACCAAUGUCAGUUGAAUUUGAGGAAUUAGCCAAAAUGAGAGAAAAUCCUACAGAAGAAUUGUCGAACCUUGUUGAAUUCACUGACGAGGAAGGUUACGGAAAGUAUUUGGAUCUUCACGAAUGCUAUGAAAAGUUUAUUAAUCUUAAGGGUAUCGAAAAGGUUGAUUACAUUGCUUAUUUGUCUACGUUCGAUCAUUUAUUCGAUAUUCCAAGAGAAAGGAAAAAUGCCGAAUACAGCAGAUACAUUGAAGUCCUUUUAUUAUAUUUGGUUGAUUAUUUGAGUAGAGUUAGACCAUUGUUAGAUAUAAAUGCAGAAAUUGAAGAAGCCAAUAAGGAUUUCGAAACGCAGUGGGAAAAUAAUACAUUUCCUGGAUGGCCGAAGGAAACUGGAAGCGCAUUGGCUCACGUUGGAGCACAUUUGGAACUUUCUGCUUUUUCAUCUUGGGAAGAACUAGCAUCCCUCGGAUUGGAUAGAUUAAAAUCUGCAUUGAUGGCYUUAGGUUUAAAAUGCGGUGGYACUUUGGAGGARAGAGCGCAGAGACUUUUUAGCACUAAGGGCGAAGCUUCUCUCGAUCCAAACUUAUUAGCUAAAAGUAAAAAUAAAAAGUCUGGCAAAGGUAAAGAUACAGAAAAACAGAAAGAAAUUGCAAGGGUAGAGUCUCACGUUUACAGGCUUGCAGAAUUGGUUUCUAGUCAAAGAGUUUCUACUAAAGAAAAUGUACAAAGGAAACAAGCUAGGACAGAAGGUGAACGAGGUGAUUCGGAUGCGGAAGCAAGUGCGAGUGAAUCGGAGGAAGAAGAUGAUAACGAAGUUCCKUAUAAUCCUAAAAAUUUGCCUCUUGGUUGGGACGGMAAGCCUAUACCAUAUUGGUUGUAUAAAUUACACGGUCUUAAUAUUAGUUACAACUGUGAAAUUUGUGGUAAUUUCACAUACAAAGGACCUAAAGCUUUCCAAAGACAUUUUGCGGAAUGGAGACAUGCUCAUGGCAUGCGUUGUCUUGGUAUACCAAAUACCGCACACUUUGCCAAUGUGACUCAGAUAGAAGAUGCUCUUGCUUUAUGGGAAAAAUUGAAAACUCAAAAGCAAGCCGAACGUUGGCAACCAGAGCAGGAAGAAGAAUUUGAAGAUUCUCUUGGGAAUGUAGUUAAUCGUAAAACAUAUGAAGAUCUUAAAAGACAAGGCUUAUUAUAAAACAUUUAAGUACAACGUUUAUGUAAUUAAAAUUAUCUAAAGUAAACCUUGUUUAUGAUAUAAUAAGUACAUUGGCUCACAUUGGAGCAUUCUGAUGUUUUUGUACAUUGACCAUCUUCAUGAUGACGUCUUCGCAUGUAGUCUUGUUAAUAACCAACAUGUCUCUGAAGAGAAAGAAUUAUAUUAAAUAUAAUUUACUUAUCACGUUGUUAUGAAGUAUUUUUAAAAACAUGUAAAAAAUUAAUUUACAAAAAAAUGAAUUUAUGUGUCUCUUAUAAUCAUAUCUGUGACGUAAAAAAAGAAAAAAGUAAGAGAGAGAAAUUAAAUAAUUUUCAAUAUUAAGAACAAUUCUUCAAUGUUCAAUUAAUAUUCUAUGAAAUAAAUGUAAGCUAGA